AUUCAUUUCCCGAAGAUCUGUUACUGCCAUCCCUCUCUCUCUCUCUCUCUCGACAUGACCGACUCCAUCGAACCUUCCACAUCUUCACCAUCUCCAUCACCAUCAUCUGCAGCUCCUCGCGAUCAAUUCUUCCUCCACCCUAGGAGGGAGCCGUUCGAGCAUGGCCUCCUGCCAAUCCCCAAACUCGUCUUCACCGACCCCACCCAAACCCUAACUCCCAUCAAGGACAAGCUCCUUAAGGACUCCUCCGAAUCUCUCAGAGUCUUCCCAUCUGCUAUCUCCGAGACCCUCCAGAUCUCCUCCGACCAUGCCAGACUCGUCAUCGACACUCUUGCCUCCGUCCUCCACUCCGAUUCGGACCCCCUCGUCACUGCCAAGCCCGCCGAGAUCGACGACGCUGGGGUUAAUGUUUAUGAUCUGAUUUUGUUCCUUUAUAUUCAGUCGUACAAGCGUUUGCUUCCGAGGUCGCACAAGGACUCGGCUGCGGUCGCGGAUGUUUGGCCCUCAACGUCCGCCUUUGAUGGAUACUUAUCGGCUUUAUCGCCGUUGCAGCUUGUACGCAGUAACAGCCGUAGGUUCAUGCCCUCACAAGCUGAUGAAGAGGCUCAUCAGUUAUCUUAUUUGCAGAAACACGUCGCUAACAUUCUCUCCCUCUUGGCAGAGCCUGUGGAGGGGGAAGGAGAAGAAUCACUGGUUUUGACCAUGGAAAGGUUUGAGCACCUUGGGUUUCUAAUUCAGUUUGGCGAAAAGGGAUCUGAGAAAAUCCCCUUGUGUCAAGCUGCUCCAUUUUUCGCAAAUUCAGAUCCCGAUAUGCCUGCUGUUCCUGUUCCUGCGGUGCAAGUUCAUGAUUGGAUUCUACAAAACAUAACAUCUGCUUUGGAACGUAUUUCUGAAAGAGUUUCUGCAAAAGAAAAUGGGCCAUCCAGUGCCUCUGAUCAAGAUGUUGCUAUGGCUGAUGCUUGUACAAGUUCAAUUAAGGUCUCCACCAGCCCUAGGGGUCCAAGUUUUAUUGAGGGGAUCUCUAAAUCUUCAUGUGUAAAGCAAGCUUCUGAUCUUAAAGGAUCUUCUGUAAAGGUUCUAAAUUGCCAUGAUUCUGUUAUAUACAUUUUAGCGCCUUUGAGAUAUGCCACAAUCUAUGGAUGCUCAGAAGCUACUAUAGUUCUUGGAGCUGUUGGCAAGGCUGUGAGAGUUGAACACUGUGAGCGAGUACAUGUGAUUACAGCGGCAAAACGUAUCUGCAUUGCCAACUGUCGUGAAUGUGUGUUCUUCCUGGGAGUAAACCAGCGGCCACUUAUGGUUGGUGAUAACCAUAAGCUGCAGGUGGCACCAUACAAUACAUUUUAUUCACAGUUGGAGGAGCACAUGGCUCAAGUUGGCAUUGAGGCAACUGUUAACAGAUGGGAUGAGCCUCUGGCACUGGGAAUGGUUGAUCCACAUGAUUCAUUGUCUCAUCCUGCAGGUGUCUCAGAUGUUCAAGCUGAGUCAGCUACAUGCCUAGAUGCUGACCAGUUUACAAACUUUUUGAUUCCAAAUUGGUUUGUUGAUGGACAACAUGAGUCAACAAGAGACAACCCAUUUCCAUUACCAGAUGCUUAUAUGGUGUCUCAGCAGAGAAAUCAUAAGAACUUGGGAGAGAUAAAGCAAAUUCUGAAGGAGGCUCCGCUUGAAGACAGCCGGAAGCGGGAAUUAUCAUGUGCUAUUCACAUGCACUUCAAAGACUGGUUAUAUGGUAAUGAUUAUUUAUUACCAUUGUCUGGCUACUCGUCUUUUCUAUAUUAUAAUUCUGUUUUUCAAAAAAAAAAAGACCUUUUUUUGGAGAAAAUCAAUAGAAAUACGUUCAAGAGAAGCAGCUGUUUUACAAAAGGAAAAGAAAAUUUUAGGGUGGAAGAGUUGGCUGAAAGCUGAAAAGUGAACACACAAUAUUAACCAUUAGUAAGAGAUGAAAAAUGGCCUUCUUGCAGAAGCUCCCGUACUGCAUUAGCAUUCACUGAUGCCAUAUUCCAUGUGAAAUAAUUAAAUUCCUUUUGUGAUUGGUGAUUUCUCUAAUGUGUAAAAAGGGGGCGACCUGAGUAGGGGCGGAAAAACGGGUCACAACCCAAUGGGCGACCUUUUAUUUGCUCAGUUAAAACAGGUUUGGAUCUAAGGAGUGACCCAUUUAUAAAUGGUUUAACCUGAAUCCAACUCAAUUAAUAAAUGGGUUAUCCAGGUUCGGAUUGGGUAGUCUGUUGGGUCAUUUGUUUAGUUUUUUGUUAAAAAUGUUAAAUUAUAUAUAUAUAUAUAUAUAUAUAUAUAUAUAUAUAUGUAUAAAUUAUGAUAUUUGAUGCAUGUAUGAUGUACCAUGUAUAUUGUAGAUGCUAUGUUUAAAAUUUCACCACUUACAAAAAAAAUGUUAAAGAGAAAGAUAAAUUAAAUAAUGAAUUAAGUGUUACUAGCUCACAAAUGUUAAGAUAUUAAUGAGUAAAAAAUAAAUGAGUUUUUUUUUAAAAAUAAAUUAAUUUAUAUUUAAGUAUGUUAAAUAUGAAUGUACCAUGUAUGAUGUACUGUGUAUAUUGUAAAUGCUAUGUUUAAAAUUUCAAUUCACUUACAAAAAAAAUGUUAAAAGAGAAAGAUAAAUUAAAUAAUGAAUUAAGUGUUAUUAGCUAACAAAUGUUAAGAUAUUAAUGAGGAAAAAAUAAAUGAGUGUUUUUUAAAAAAUAAAUUAAUUCAUAUUUAGUGAAAUUUAAAGAAAAAAAUAAAAUGAAUACAUUAUAUAUUUCUUAAUGGGUACUUAAUGUGUAUCUGUUUAAAAUUUGUUUAUUAAUUGGAUGGGUUUGAGUUUAAGUUUUAUUCACCCAUUUGUAAAUGGGCCAACCUCAACCCGUUUAAAUUCCACCUGUUUAUGACCCAACCCAAACCCAGCUUGCUGAUCCGUUUUACUGCCCUUAGUCCUCGAAGUCAUUUAUUGACAAUCUGGGCCCAAGAUGAGUAUAUCGUCCUUUAAAGAAACCCAUAUUUUGUAUACUGGUGACUCUGCCCAAAUUAAGUUUCCAUGGUCAGCUGACCAGCAAGAGUGAAGAUGGUGUUUGUGAUCAUUGUUUGCCCCCAUCACCUGUUGCAUUGGUGAGCUAUCUCAAACCUCAAAAAUUGUAACCAAAGUUCAGUAAGUAUUACUGAACAACAUGUAAUGUGGUUUCACCCUCUUGAUUAUGCAAUAUGCACUUUGUACAUUGGCAUACUGCUUUGAUUCGUUAUCUAAAAUAUCAUCUCAAGCUCCAUAGGAUUGAACUUUCUUGGGUUAAAUGUUCUAUUUGCAUGGUUUUGAUUACUACUUUUUCAUGAAUGAGUUAGAUGAGGUCUAAUUAGUUUUCUUUUGUCUGUGAGGACAGCCUCGGGAAAUAUCCGCCAGCUUUACUGCCUGCAAGGUGACUGAAAUUGUAUGACGUUAUUGCGGCACAAUUAGGGUAGUAGUGCAAAAAGGGAGUGUUCUGGCUUAUCCCUGUUCAACACUCUCGCCGUGUUCCACCAUUUUUGUGGUACUGAAGGCAGCCCUGGAUCAAUUCCAUGUACUUCAAACUGGUGCAUCCGUUCUUGCAUUCACAUCAGCGCCGAGAACACAAUUUGAAUUCAUGCUAUUCCUUAAUGUUAAUGUAACAUUUUUUUGUCUUAUUCCAAAAAAAGGAAAGAAGAAGAAAGUCUUGGUGUAAUAUUUUGUUAGCAUAGGCUUGCACUCUUGUGAAAUUUAGCAUCUGGAUCUUGCCUCUUUUCCUUUUUGGCAACUUGCUGUGAAUUUUUGGCUUUAUAAAUAUCAAUAUUUUCUGUUGAGUGGA